AUGGCCCGUCCGUAUGACGACUUGACCAUGUCAGAUUUUGACCCCGAAAACGAAGCUCUCGUCUCAACUCGACAACUUGACCAUAGCGAUGAACUGCCCGGUAUUCCAGGCAACCCCCACAGAGCAAAAAUAGCAACAACAACAACAACAAAAAGCACGUCGCCACGACUCGACCCCGAGUACACCAUCGACACUUCUGCCAUCAACCGUGCUUUCCCCGAGUUUUCCGACGUGGAGUCAUCACCUGAUGACGAUGAUACCGAAGAUGACAUCUCCGUUGAGAUUGGUCGAGGCAUGAAAAAGUCCUCCCAAAAUAGACGUGACGAUUCUCGCAACUCUAUGAUGAGCAUUGAGAACAGUGUCCGCUCAGCUUCACCCGCCAUAAAACUAGAUUAUCCCGUGACGAGCACCCCGCCCAAGUCGGCAAUGCGCAGCGCGUCAAAGCGUGGCGACAAUCUGCGCAAGGAUGCUCAAAUAAGACGCGCAAGUCAGAUGCAAAAAGAAAAUAUCGACCCGCGCCCUCAGCCUGGCCGCUCAAAAAACCAGCCCCGUGCUGCAGAAGCCCGUCAUACACUCUCUGAGAUGCACGCCAGGGCACGUGAAACAUAUGAUGGCUCUGUUAUUAGCGACGAAAGACCUCAGAAUCCCCCUCCAGCAAAUACACGAACCACUCGGUUUGGAAACGUGUCAGCCCAAAUCGCAGCUGCUGUAGACUCGGCGUCGCGCGACGCGCAAUUUCGAGAGUCUCGUCGUAGCAAACGCGACCUUGCCCCAAACCCUACUUUCACUCUGGACACUGUGACAAAUGGAUCAAUUCUUCUUCCGGACCUGCCAAACAUCUCCGAACUAGUCUCAGGUGUCUAUGAAGACGGUACCCCUGUUUUCACCCGUCAAGCCAAACCUCGUACAACACGCUUCGUCUCUCCCCCUAUCGCAGAUGCCGAUGCAUCACAGUCACGAGCGCAUCUUCCUCUGGAGAAUGUACCUAUUCCCGAUGAUGAAAAGGCUCUCUUUGUUUCCCUGAAACUCCUGCAAGACAAAGUCGCAGACUUGGAAUUUGCAAAAUCCGAGGCAGAAAAGAAACUUGACGAUGCUCGCCAAGAGAACCAUGGGUUGAAAGUCGAGAAAGCGCGUCGACAAAAGGAGCAGUAUGACCGCCUCAAACUCUUUGGGGGCGAGGAUGGCGAUCAAGUGAGAGGCAAUACGAAGAUAAUGCAAGAUAGAAACAGUAGGCAAACCCCCAACAAGGUUAUUCUUCUGACUGGCGUGCUAACACAUAAUUCAGAACUCGAAGCGGUGAACUUGGCUCUACAGAACAGACUUGAUAUUGCUGACCGAAAGAUUCAAGUUCAUGAAUCAGCAUUGAAGUCCUUGGCUCAAGAACGCGACUCCGCUGUUACACAACUAGGUGUGGCUUAUUUAAAUACCCAAGACACGCAUAAAGAGAAUGAAAAACUCAAGAAUGAGAACACGGAACUCAAAUCUCAGAUAACCAAGCUAUCAACUUUGGUUCGUCAACUUGCCGGAAACGACACAACCACCCAAUCGCUCCCGAAGACCCAACAGCACACAGAACAUAGCACCAUCAGUACCGAUAAUAAUGAUGGAUACACGCAGAGGACGUCCGGAUCCACACGUGCUAGAGGGCAAUCUAAAGAACAAAACAACUCCACGCGGGAUGAUCCUCAAAGUAGGGUUCUUAGCAUGGUAGAGAGGGAAGUCUCGAGAAUGGAAAAAGAACGCCAAGAUGAGGAAUUGUUUUCCCUCAACUUGUCUCGACCUGCUACGGGGAAUCAGGAAUCGGCCACUAGAUCUACGGCACAUUUCAGAUCGGGAGAGACCGAGCGACGAAAGUUGCCCAACACUGGAAAGCAACGCAUCAAACGUGUCAUUGUCGAGGAGGCAGAUACUACCGAACUUUUCAACGAGGAUGUUCGGGACAACGUGAAGAACCAGACUGGUGCAGACAAAGAUUUUACCGUCCUUAGUUUUAUUGACGAUCGCGAAAUUGCCAAAUUGCGCCGUCGACUCGAAGCCGAGAGGGCUGCACGUAAGCAGCACCAAUUGACAAUCACGAGAGAGCAAUCUGUCAACGCAUCGACGGCCAAACGCGUGGCCUCGGAUCCUCCUCGCAAGUCAUCUUUAAAAGAACCGAAGACUCAGGCCGCACGUCCAUCUUCUGCGCUUGGCGAGAACCCUACGACUAACAAUGGAGACGAAGGUGAUUGCGAAGACAGUGUUGCCGGACGUCGCAGACGCCACUCUGAUUACUCAGUUUCAAGCCAAACUCGGCGCAAGAAAACCAUUCCGGAAUUGACAUCAGCUUUUAUUUUACCUGACAUCACUCUCCGCUACCCAGAAACCACGAAUCGGGAGCCUGCUCGCCUCUCUGAAUCUGCUCAAAAAGUCCUCGAUAGUGUAGCUGGUCAUGAUGGCAGAAACUGUACAGUCUGUAAGCGUCUCCUACCCGAAGGGGUCACCCACAAGCACGAGGAAGACCACCGCCAGACUAUUUCCAUACCGAAACCUGUCCCAGUCUCUAAGCGCAUGCCUGAGCCAUCUAUUCACAAUGAAGACCCGACGCUUCGCCCGUCUUGUCCACCGGCUGUAGCGCUAGCUACUGUUCUCAAGGGCCUUGAAGACGAGCUUUCCCACCUCAAAAUGCAAUUGGCAGUAGCUCAAAGCUCCUUCUCCAAGCAUGAUGCAUCUCUUGGCAAACGACAGAGGAAGUCUCUUUCCAAUAAGAUUGAGAAGCUGCUCAAGGAGAUCGAUACCAAAGCCGAUCAAAUUUACGCUUUGUACGAUGUUCUUGAAGGACAGAAACAAGAUGGACAUGAAAUGACCGAAAAAGAAAUGGAAGUUACCUUGCAGUCCAUCGGUAUUGACGUCCAUGGUGCUGGAAAAUUGAUUGAUGCCACAGAUGAAUCUUUCCCAGUUCAAGUCGACAAUAUCGACGACUAUGACGAUGAAUUGCCUUGGGAAGGGUUUGAGAGCACUGCCGAUAUUACUGGGCGCCAUACCUCGCGCUCAGUAAACCUAUAA